AUGGAGCCGGCCACCUCCGCCGUCCCGCCCGCCUCCUCCAUCGACGGCCCCGUCGCCUCCCUCGCCGACCUCGCCGCCUCCCUCGCAGCCCCGCCCGUCGCCCGCCCAUCGCCCCCGCCCGUGCGGUCCGGUGCGGAGGUGGCCACGGUGGUCCCCGCCACACACGUCGGCGCGAAGCGGCGGCGUGCUUGGGCAGCACGUCGUGCGGCCGCAGCCCGCCAUCGCCCCGGCCCUGCCCGUCGCCCCUGCCCCGCCCGUCGCCCCGCCGCCCACCACCAAGGCCCGUCGGAAGAAGGCGACGCUGACCAUCGCCACAAGUCGGCUGUCAGCACGCCGCAGGUUACACCGACGGUCACCCUCGGCGCAACUCUGGCCAUCGGCAUAGCAAGGUGGCGCCCGAAGGCCACCGUCGGCACAGUGGCAGCCGUCAGCACACCGACUGAUAGGCGGGCCCAGCCGUUAGGCCGUCACGACGCCGUUCAGGCUAUGCCGACGGUGGCCCACGCCCACGGCACAAAUGCGGCCGUCGGCACAACAACUGACUGCUGGGCCCCUCUCCUGUUGUGCCGACGGCUACCCACGACAUAG